AAAAAUUUAUAAUCUUCCAAGACUAUAAAAUCAAAUCUUUUACUUCUCUGAUUUCGCUUCAAUCAAAUCGUUAAAAACCGUAAAUGGCACAUCUCUCCGCGAGACUGAAGCUUCUCUCUAGCAGCAAUGGAAGAUUCUCGUCUGGUGUAGUCGAUUCGACAGACAAAUUUCGCCAGGGGCUUUACAUGGCCAAUCGAUCGCCGUUGAUUCGUCUGCGCAGGAGCCGAUUGAAGUUUGAUGGGUUUCGCGCGAGGGUUUCUUCUUCGUCUUACUCUUUUUCUUUCAAGAGAAAGAGAAUCAGGGAUUUAGAUGAUAACACUAGUGAGAAGAAUCUUCUUGGUAACGACGAAGACGGAGAUGACUGGGAUUUUGACGGAGACGACGAUGAUGGGUUAGGGAAUGAUGAUGAUCUGUCUUGCUUCAGAGGCUUGGUUCUUGACAUUUCUUACAGGCCGAUCAAUGUGGUUUGCUGGAAACGCGCAAUUUGUCUGGAGUUCAUGGACAAGGCCGAUGUUCUGGAGUAUUAUGAUCAGACUGUUGAUUCUCCUAGCGGUUCAUUCUAUAUACCUGCAGUGUUAAGGGUUCCACAUCUGCUUCAGGUUGUCAAGAGAAGAAGAGUGAAAAACUCACUGAGUCGUAAGAACAUUUUACUGCGAGAUGAUUACACUUGUCAAUAUUGUUCUUCCCGUGAAAACUUGACAAUUGAUCAUGUUAUGCCGAUUUCUCGAGGUGGAGAUUGGACCUGGCAAAAUCUGGUAGCUGCAUGUUCAAGAUGCAACUCAAAGAAAGGUCAGAAGACAGUGGAAGAAGCACACAUGAAGUUACUUAAGGCCCCAAAGGAACCAAAAGCAUACGACAUUGUUGCGAUACCAUUAACAAAUGCAGCUAUAAGGCUUUUGAGAUCGAACAAGGCAACGCCAGAAGAAUGGCAUCAGUAUCUGGGGAAAUACUCAUCCGCACCAUAGCAGUUUCUAUCAAGGAGCGAAAAGGGUCGGUCCAAGCCAUCUUGUUGAUACUGAAUGGUGGCUUGAUUGCAUAUGUAGAUUCAUAUAGUUUAACUUCAAACUGUUCACAGAUUGUCAUGACUCAUGGACUUGUUUUGAGUGUUGCACUCAGACAUGUAUAUAAUACGUAAAUAAUGGCACCAGUCUCAGAAUUUAAAGU